AUGGAUCAAAACUCUGUAGGCCCAAAAGAAAGGACAGAAAAAGUUGUCUGGAUAGUUCCGCCUGAAGGUGCGGCGGAACAGCCUGGAUGGAGAGAGUGGCGAGAGGGCAGAGAACAACUGGUCAAAGACCAGCAAUGGGAAUCCCAAUGGCAGGAGUUCCUGGGGGGACUGGAGUCCCCUCACACAGGGUGGGGCAAGGAACCCAGCCCUUGGGAGGAUGCCAAGGCUUUCUUGUCCUCCUUUGAGCAAGUGGCCCAAGCCUGCCAGUGGCCCAGGGAAGAGUGGGUGGCCCGGCUCUUGCCAGCACUGAAUGGAGAAUCUCAGCGGGCUUUUGGCAGCCUGGAGGCCAGAGACAGGGAGGAUUAUGGGAAAGUGAAGGUGGCCAUCUUGCGUGGGGAAGCCAAUCGCAUGGAAAUGCUGCGCCAGGACUUCCGGCAGUUCCGCUCCCAGGAGAUGGAAGACCCACGCCAGAUUUACAGUCGGCUGCAGGAGCUUUGCUGCCAGUGGCUGAGGCCAGAGAGGCACUCGAAGGAGCAGAUCCUGGAGCUGCUGAUCCUGGAGCAAUUCCUGGCCAUCCUGCCACUGGAGCUGCAGAGCUGGAUCAGGGCCAAGGGUCCGGAGAAUUGCACCCAAGCCACAGCCUUCGUGGAGGAUUUCCUACUGAGCCAGCAAGGGGGACCCACAACGAGGAAAUGGCAGGUGGUCCACCAAGAUGCAGAAGAGGCCCUCUUGGAUCCUGCUGAGACACAGAGCAACAAGGAAGUUGAGCAGGUGGAGAUCAGUUUGCCAGGUAAUGGAACACAGUGGUGCCAUCACUCUAGUUCACUGCUUCCUCCUGAAGGACAGGAGAGGCCUGAAGCUGAGCAGAUCAAGGUGAUGGGGGCAUUUUGCUCUUCCCAGGCAGUAACAAACCUUGAGGAGAUGAGCGCAACUUUCCACAGGGUGGAGAAGAGUCAAACACAGGAUCACAACCAAAAGACCAUGUUUUGGCAAGUUCUGCCAGAGACCAGUGGGGAAGUAGAAUCUUUAGAGGGCCUUUUGGUUCCCAGAGAUGAUCUCCCUUUCAACGUGCAGAAAGAGGAAGAGAUAUUGGUCCAGUUCCCAGAGGAAAGGAGGUCAUUCCUAGGUCAAGGUUCAGGUGAUGGGAAAGAAAGUCAGUUGGAAGUGGGGGAGCCUUCUAGUGGACAAAAUAAAUCAGGGGACCCAGAGGUGACCAAAGUGGACAUGCUGGUGACGGCUGAGUUUCACAAGGAAAGACGCGAGUCUAAAUGGGAGCUGAGGAAGAAAUCACUGCAGGGGCAAAAUGAAUCCCAGGACCUUUCGGAAGGUCUCAGUGCUGCGUGUGACCAAACCCACCCAGAGCACCCAAGGAAGGAAAAGCCGUUGUUCUCCAGGUAUGGUCGAAGGUACCGCCUCUCAUCAGGGCUUGUUACAGAACUCACCACCAGAGAUGACCAUGAUGAAUGCUCCACAUCGGACAGCAGCUCAGACCUUGAUGAACAUCAGAGAAACUCUACAGGAGAGAAAUCCUACAAAUGCUCCAAGCACUGGGAGCAUUUCCCCAAGGAAAUUAAUCUGAUGAGACAACAGAGCAGGCAUACAGGAGAGAAAAAGUAUGAUCUCCCCGAAUGUGGGGAAAGCAUCACUUCAAAGAGUUUAAUGAGACAUGUGAAAAUUCACUGUAGGCAGAAAGCUUAUAAGUGCCCCUUGUGUGGGAAAUUCAUCAAACGGAAGCCAGAUUUGGACAGACAUCUGAGAAUCCAUACAGGAGAGAAACCAUUCAAAUGCCCCGUAUGUGGUAAAAGCUUCUCUCGGACAGAUGACUUGAGCAAACAUCAGAGCAGUCAUGGAGGAAAGAUCUCUUAUGAAUGCUCCCAGUGUGGGAAAACCUUCCGGCACCUGACCUUUAUGCUUAAGCAUCAGAAAAUCCACAAAGGAUAUUAA